AGGGAAGUAACACAAGGUCUUCAAACCAACAGAUAACCUAUGGUACACCAGGAGCAUUUGAAUGGAAAAUAUUCCACAUGAUAUGCACUAUCUUGCAAACAACCGACCCGUCAUCAAUUCACCAUUGGCUUCUUCAUUCCAAUGACAGGGAAAAGAAUAUGGUUAUUGAAAUUUUGUGUUCAACGCUGGAUGGUCGAAAGAGGUACUUUGCAAAGCCUACUGUGGAUCACACAACAACGACUUAUUCACCCAAUGUUCCAACUUCGGUUGGUGAACUUAUUCCAACACGCAAUUCCAAGGUUGAAGACAAGGCGGAACCACGGCUUCGAAGCCAAAAGCAUUAAAGUCCUUACAGAACCGGAACCAGCUGGUCGGUGGGGUGAAGAUAGUCUAACAUGAGAAACAAGACUUCACAAUUCUUGCUCAACUGAACAAAGGAGAAACAAUGUGUAGUACAGACAAACUGCUUUCGCCACAGUCUGAAAAUAACUCCUUAUUCAGAGCGCAAAAAUCCGGCGAAUGGGAAUUGUGUCCAAAUUCAGGAGUUGAAAAAUACCGCUUUGAUGUAGACAGUCAUUUGCCGUGAUAUUUGGGUGCGCUGUGAUCAAGGUGCUUGCAGUCACCGCAAUACUAUUCAGGUGAAUUACGAAGCGGUAUCAUAUUAGGUAUACAGAGUCCACAUGGGACUUAUUUGCAUGCAAACUGCAUUAAUCUAAC